AUGUGUAAUUUCGGUAAAAAUUUGGAGGACAAAUUCAUAAGGGAUAUGAAAAACGGUCGAAUUAAAGACAGACUCUAUGAGGAAGAACUUUCUAUUGAGUUAAACGUGCUGAUUGAUAUUGCGGCAAAAAGAAAAGUAUCUGCAAAAAAUGCAGAUGCUACAGUGAGUGUUCAUAAAUUUAAGGAUUUCAGGGUAACAAGUGGAGGAGGAGUUAAAGGAAAAUAAGGAUCUUCGACAGAACAGACUAGGCCAAAAAUGGAGAAGGGAGCAACAAGGAUAAAGGAUAAGUCAUACUAGUGGGUUAGGUAAUCAUAAUUUUUUUAAAUUUUAAUAUGAAAGUUAUAAAUGUAAGUUGUGUAAUUCUGUAGGACAUUUGACAAAAGUUAGUAAAAGUAAUUCAAACAGAUAAAAAAUCAUUAUAUUGAGAUUGAAGAGGAAGUGUUAGAAAUAUUUCAGUCGAAUACAGAAUUUAAAUCAAUUGGACUUAUAAUGGUAAAUGUGUUAAUUGAGAAUGCACCGGUACGUAUGGCAAUAGAUUCGGGUGCGAGUGUUUCAAUUACGAAUUAAGAUAUACAGGAUACACAACAAAAUCCUAUUAUCAACAAACUAUUGAUUCCGACAGUGGUUAUUAUUCAUUAAAUAGACAAAGGGCACUAAUAACUAAUAAAAGUAACAAAGGGUAUUACUGUAUUUAUAAAUAAGAAAGAAAACAAUUUUUAAUUUAAAAGCUUAUUUAGACUCUACAAUAGAAGUUAGUCGAUGGGCUAUUGAUGAAAUCUUUCAAGACCAUAAUUUUAAUGACAAUGCUCCUUUUGAGUGUGUAUUGUAAUUUAUGCUGCGUUAAAAUAUUUUAUGCUGAUAAAUAAUAUAGAUUUAUUUCAAGUUAACUAAAUGAUAUCACUGUUUAAUUAAUUUACUAAUUUAACUAAUUAAAUUAGUAAAAAGAUAUAUUAUCAAAUUUGUUUAUCGGACAUAAAAAAUCCAGAAAUCAAUUGUAAUACAGUAACUGCCCAACUAGUAAAUUUAAAAUCUAAAGGUUUUUUUGACUGUAGUAUACAUAUAUUAUUUAUUAUUUUAUAUUAGAAUACUACUUAUACAUAUUUCUUGUGUUGAAAAAUAUAAUAAAAAUAAGAGUAUUAUACAUAUUAUCUAAUUUUUAUAAAUCCCGAAUUCUAUGCACAGAUAUCUGUGAUUCCAUGUUAGGAUUUUAUUGAUAAUGAUUAUCACAUUAUUAGUACAAAACUCGCCACUGUCACCUUCAAGCGCUACCUAUCAAAUCAAGAACGAAGACAGUUCCUUAGAUCAUAUACAAUGGGUGGAGCCACAGCUCAAUAUUUUGAUGUACAUGUUAACGACGAGUCGCCAGGUGAGUUGCCUUUGGUGCGCAUGCGUGCCAGCGACUAG